AUGAACAAGACUUAUCGUGCUGUGUCGAGUAUCGUGUUGCGUCGCUUACCCCUUCAAGAACAGUUGAAGUCUGCUUUAUCAGAUAAUCGAAAGGAGAUAACACGUAAACCAACCGAACUCCUCUAUUUAGUGGUAAAGAAACCUCGUCAAGACCAUGCUUGGCAGUUUCCUCAGGGCGGUCAAGAUCCCGGAGAAACAGGAUCAGAAGCAGCCUUACGUGAACUUGAAGAAGAAUGUGGUUCUGACCUUCAAGUACGUCUUGUGGGUACGACACCUAUAGGCGUCUAUCAAUACGAGUUUCCUGCUGAUUUCAAACGCAGCAAGAAAUACAUAGGAGCUAAAGUAAACAUGCUAUAA